AUGUCCGUAGACAAACACCCAAAAAGCUCGACGGCGCGUGUUCCAUCAGCCAGUCAGGACGCCAACUAUUUUGAUAUUUCAGCCCCUUCGCCCGGUCCGCCGUUCUUAUUCCUCACGUUUGCGGCGCCCUCCAAUAACGCCUACGAGCCUCCACGAUCUACCCCCUGGGAGAGGGCUAUGCAAGACGGCGCAUUUACAAACUCAACUUCUCCAUCAGGCUCAGCAGUUGACAGACAGAGAGUCAACUCCUUAUCCGCCACUACAUCAAAAUUCGGCGUCGACCCGCCACGACCCCCUCGCGAAGGAUACGAAUAG